AUGGUGAGGGAGGAGGGAGAGGAGGACAUGGUCAAGGAGGAGAAAGAGGGAGAGGAAGAGGGAGAGAAGGAAGCAGAGGAGAAGGUAAAGAAGGAGGACUUGGUGAAAGAGGAGGAGGGAGACGUAGGGCAAGAGACACAUUCCCUGUACUACAUCUACACAGCUUUAUCCAAACCUGUGAAUCUGCCAGGCAUCAAUGAUUUCACAGCUAUGGGUUUACUGGAUGACAGACAGAUUGAUUACUACAACAGCAAGGAACAAAAAAAGAUUCCCAAACAGGAUUGGAUGAAAGAGAAAUUGCCACAGGAUUACUGGGAGAAAGGUACCCAAUCCCGAAAGAGCAAAGAACAGUGGUUUAAUGUAAAUGUCAACAUUCUGAUGGAACGAAUGAGACACAAUGAAUCAGAUGUUCAUGUUCUUCAGUGGAGACAUGGUUGUGAAAUUAAAAAAGAGGGAAAUGAAGUGACAUUCUCCAAAGGUAUCGAUGAGUACAGCUAUGACGGUGAAAACUUCCUUUCCUUUGAUGAUACAACCUCACAGUGGGUUGCCCCAGUUCCUGAAGCUCUCCCAACCAAGAGGAAAUGGGAUAAUGUGCCCAUCUUAAACCAGUACACCAAGGGCUACCUGGAGAAAGAGUGUGUGGACUGGCUGAACAAGUUUAGAGAAUAUGGAGAAAGAGAACUCAAAAAACUCUCUCCACCAGAAGUUCAUGUGGUUGCAAAAAGGGCUCCCAGGAACAAAAACAACUUGAAACUCACCUGCCUGGCCACUGGCAUCUACCCCAAAGAUGUGACACUGUUCAUUAGGAAAUAUCGCACAUCUCUGCCUGAUAAUGAGAUUGAAUCCACAGGAGUCAGACCAAAUGAUGAUGGAACAUAUCAGCUGCGAAAGAGUGUGGAAAUAGCAGAAAAUGAAAAAGCAGAUUAUGAUUGUUUUGUGUCACACAUCACCCUACAAGAACCAAUAAUCACCAAAUGGGGGACGGAGGGAGCCGUCCUUCUUUUUAACAAAGAAAAACCCCGGAUGAGGGACGGAUGA